GAAUUUGCGUCUGAUUCAGAACGAACUGAAGCGUUAAUUCCGAGGUUGAGGCACGAGUUGAAGCAUGCAUUGUAACGUUUUACGAAAGUGUCUUGAUAGGGAAUGAUAACCUUACUCAUCAAAGCUACACGUCAAAGUAAAGAUAAGUUAUUUUGCCGUUUGCAAAGCAACAUGUCUGAGGAAUUACUACAGAGAGUGAGAGACCUGGAAGGAGAGGUGGGGAGACUGAAAGCACAGCUGAGAGAGAAGGUCAAGGAAGGAACUGGGGAUGAGAUGGCGGUGUCAACCAACUCUGAUGGAAAGAAGGAUACCAGCAAGCCUGAUGCUGGUGGCAGGAAAAAGGGCAAAAGAGUGAGUCGGGACCGACCGUUUGAUUUCUCUGCCCAUCCUCGGCGCCAUGUUGCGCUACGCUUAGCCUACCUGGGCUGGGCCUAUCAGGGCUUUGCUGUCCAGGAGAACACAGACAACACUGUGGAAGCCCGGCUCUUCGAGGCUCUUCUGAAGACUCGACUGAUCCAGGAUCGCCAGAGUUCUAACUAUCACCGUUGUGGCCGCACUGACAAAGGAGUCAGUGCCUUUUCCCAGGUCAUGUCCAUAGACUUGCGCUCCACUCAGUUUUGUGAAGGCCUAGGAGUGACUCUCCCGUCCAAUGUCGACGCUGGUGUCAAGAACAAAGUGGACGUGGCGGAGCUACCUUAUGUGAAGAUGCUGAACAGAGUCCUGCCCCAGGACAUCAGGAUUCUCGACUGGUCACCUGCUCCGCAGGGCUUCAGUGCGCGCUUCGACUGUCAGUCUAGAACCUACCGGUACUACUUCCCACGCGGGGCUCUGGAUGUGACGUUYAUGGCAGAGGCUGCCAAACGCUACGAGGGCACUCACGACUUCCGCAACCUCUGCAAGAUGGACGUGGGCAACGGUGUGCUGCAGUUCCAGAGGACCAUCCUGUCUGCCACGGUCCAGCCUGUCCAUCAAACUCCCCCUACUGCGCCCACUACCACAGACCCAUACGACCUCUUCAUAUUUGAGAUCAAAGGACUGGCCUUCCUCUAUCACCAGGUGCGGUGCAUAAUGGCAGUGCUGCUGCUGAUUGGCCAGAAGCUGGAGCCCCCAGAGAUAGUGGAUCAACUCUUGGAUGUGAAGAAGAAUCCCAGGAAACCCCAAUACAGCAUGGCGGUGGACUUUCCCCUGGUGCUGUUCGACUGCCAUUUUGAGGGGUUGAGCUGGCGCAGGGAGGCUGAGGAGUUGGAACACGCCCUUGCCACGCUGCAGCAACACUGGACCCAGACAGCAGUCAAGACCCAGGUCAUCCACGGCAUGAUCCAAGGCCUAGACAGCACAGGUGGGYCCUCCUCUCCCCAUUGCUGGCUGAUGGAAGGUACCAAACAGCGGACCUAUCGGCCCUUGCUUGAGCGUCCARGCUGCGAGAGCCUGGAGUCCAGGAUAGAACACUUUGUUAAAAGAGGCAGGCUUGAACGAGAAGAAGGGGAAAAUGGUGGCGAAACGGUACACAAGGGCAAAAGGUCAAAGCACUUGCACAAUACCUCCAUUUCGUCUGUCCUCCCCGAUGUGUCGCCGUCCUUCUGACCCCAGGGCCAAUCAGAAACCACAAGAUUGACACCUGCUCGAGAAAUUGGACUAAUCAUAUAAUAUUGACUGAAUUCUUAAUGCUGUUAUUUUACUUUUUAGAUUUUUUUUAAUGGAAUAGAGAAACAAUUGUAGGUUUUUGUUAUUCUCUGGAAUAAAUCUAUUUGAGAUUCA